UAAAGAUGGCGGCUGCGGCCUCGUCUGUUCCCGCAGCCUCGGGUCGGGGCCGCUUCCCGGGCCGGCCGUGGGGGGGCAGGAGCGGGAACCGGGCGGACAGGGCGCGGGUGCCGUUCGGGAGUGAAGGAGCCGCCGAGAGCCCGGACCCCGCGCAGCUGCAGAUACUCGGACUCCAUGAGAACAUGAAGCGCCUGGCGGGGGCCUGCGGCCGGGACUGCGGGGACAGUGACAGCACGGAGGAGGAGUUCAAGGGAUUCAACGCUGAGGAGCAAAGAGAGGGUCAAUCUCUUCGCCUCACUCUGAGAUCAAAGAAAGGCCAGAAUCCUCUUCCUGUAACAGACCUCUCUCCACCUAAGCAAGAGCGCCUGGCUGUGCACAUUCCGAAGCAUAUUUUCACCCCUGAAAGGGUAGUCAGAGUUCAUCUUACCCCACUGGAUCCUACCCUGUAUGGUUUGGAAAAAUCCUUGUUCUUUCAUUCUCCAAGCGAGAAGCAGGAUACAUCCAGAAAGCCAAGUUCUCCUCUUUCCUCUUCUCCAACUCUUCCUUCUGAUAAAGAGCAGCUUUGUCAAAAUGAACUCUCUGCACCUCCUGAACAGAAACCUUGCUCUAUUGAGCCUCCAAAAAACAAAAGGCGAUGCCGUGGCUCAAAGAGGACUACAUGUGAAAGCAAAAUUAGCUCUCUCGAUUGUAGCGUAAUUAUUAAACAAAAGGAAAUCCAUUGCCCAGUGGAAGUCCUUGCAAAUGAAAGUAGAAGUUCCCUUAAAGUGGUUCUUCUUAGAAAGACAAAAGCCAGAGAGGAUGAAGCAAAUGAAAAUAUUUCCCAGAAGGACCUAUCCACAUCAAAGAAAGAGGAGAGAGAUAAGGCUGUACCUCCACCUAACCCUCCGCAAGAUAAUGAUGUCUUAAAAACCACACGCAGAUCUAGAAAAGCCAAAGCUGCUGACUUGGGGAGUGUUUUAGAGACUGACGUACUUGCUAAGCCAAAUGAGACUCUCCCUACUAUUAACAAAGAAGGAAAGCGAGCAAGUCAGGUUCCCAAAGUGAAAUGGAAGCUCCGUGCUGGAUACAGACAAGUAAGUGAACUAGAGACUGUUGUUCACUCUUGGGAAGUGAAAACCUCUAAAGAAGAUUUGUCCCAUGUAAAAGAGGAAAAUGUAGAUUCUAUUCCACCCUUGCCUCGUGAGCCACCAAGCCCUGUGUUGGAGGAGAAACUAAAUGCAAAAGAAAACCUUGUUCAUGAUGUGAAGGACAGUCUGCGGUCUGAUGUAGGAUCGUCAAAGCGGAAAAAGAAAUUACGGAAAAAAGGAAGAAACGCUAAAGUAUACUCUAAAGAUGAGACGUGUGAGUUGACCGAAAAUCAUAGUGUUGAAGAAUUCAAGCCCACUGAAGACCACCAGGAGGAUUCAUGCGAGCGCACUGCAGAUAACCAGGAGGAUUCAUGCGAGCGCACUGCAGAUAACCAGGAGGAUUCAUGCGAGCGCACUGCAGAUAACCAGGAGGAUUCAUGCGAGCGCACUGCAGAUAACCAGGAGGAUUCAUGCGAGCGCACUGCAGAUAACCAGGAGGAUUCAUGCGAGCGCACUGCAGAUAACCAGGAGGAUUCAUGCGAGCGCACUGCAGAUAACCAGGAGGAUUCAUGCGAGCGCACUGCAGAUAACCAGGAGGAUUCAUGCGAGCGCACUGCAGAUAACCAGGAGGAUUCAUGCGAGCGCACUGCAGAUAACCAGGAGGAUUCAUGCGAGCGCACUGCAGAUAACCAGGAGGAUUCAUGCGAGCGCACUGCAGAUAACCAGGAGGAUUCGUGCCAGCUCAAUGAUGACCAGAAUUAUUUGUGCCAGCUCACAGAAAAUCUCCAAGAGGCUUCAUGCCAGCCCAUCCAAGACCAGGUGGAGGCGUGCCCCCUUGCUGAAGAUCACAGAGAGGAAGAGUGCUCUCCUGCUGAAGACCGCAGAGUGGAGGCGUGCUGGCCUGCUGAAGUUCACGUAGAGAAUGCAUGUGAUCUUGUUGAUGGUUCACUCUUUGGGGCAGAAGAACUGAGAGUUCCUCUUUCAUCUCCAGAAGUGACAAAUUCUCAGCUGGAUGCUGAAGAAACAGACAGUCACGCAACAGAGAUUCAUUCUUUGCCAGAUCCAGAACCCAAGGAGUCAGACAUUGCUUUAAGCAAGACAAAUGAUUUUCCUACCUUAACAGACUCUUCUUUAGCAACUCUCAAGACAAGAGCUUUAAGGAAGAAAAAACCUGCUCAGAUUACUCGUUCCCAAAAAGCAGAGCGCACAGCUGCACAGAGACUAUUGGCCAAAGUAAAGGAGGCUCAGAGCAGGGCACAGCCACAGUUAGAAGUGCAGUCUUCCAAAAAAAUUGCAACCAGAAGCAGUACAGUCCUGAAUAGCAUCAGUGAGCUUGUCUUGCCGUUAACACGUGUCCGCUCUUCACGUGUCAUUAAAACUCCACGUCGGUUUAUGGAUGAGCAAUCGUCAGUUCCUGUUUCAGAACCGCUAGGAAAGUCAGCACCCUCUGACGAGAAUGUAGAGCUAGGUGAUAAAAGCAUGACUGAGCUGGUGCAAGAGACUCUUUCUGAUACCAUUCCAGCUCUGUCUGACUCCUGUUUUAAUCUAUUUGAUGAAGAAGAGCACUUUGCUUUACUACCUGCACUUUCACCACGUUCAGAGUCCACGCGUUCAACCUCCACUGCCUCUUCUGCUGCUUCUUCACCUUCCCUCCAUCCUUUUCCUUCUACUGACGAGAACAAGAGGAAGAACAUUUUGCGUGCACCCACAUUUUGUUGGAACUCAUCAGCUCCUGAAUUGCAGCCAAGUCCGUGUCCUGCUAAACCUCUCUUUCGACUGUCAUCCCCAGGAUCUCCUGACGAGAUCUUGCCACCUACUUCUCCUACAUCUCCUCCGCCAUCCCCACUUCCUUCUCAGUCAAUUCCCAAGUUAGAAUCUGCCAAACGGUCCCCUCUUCUUCGUGCUCCCCAAUUUACACCAAGUGAAGCACAUCUGAAGAUCUACCAAUCUGUAUCCCUACAGGACUGUGAGACCCCAGCCCUUCAGGCUUUCUCAAAUAGAACCCCGCAGACGGACCUUAAUUCAAGUCUUUUGCCGGUUGUGUCUGCACCUGAAUUGUCAUUGACCCCAACAAAGCAAAGUGAUAUGCAGCCUGGAGGACGAAGAGCCAACCACUUGGCUCUGCCUUUGUUUGUCGACCCUACUUCUGAAAAGCUGGAUGAUGAAUCUGACUCUGACUCUGCAUUAGCAAUGCCUGAAUCCCUCCCAGACUUCCUUGGGGAAUCUGAAAUGCUCCGUGAGCCAAUGGAGAUUCUAAACUAUGGGUCGGAGAGCCAUGCUGAUGCUUUGCUUCCAACUGUUGCACUUGAUGCUAUCGACAAGCCUGAGACUUUAGAGAUACCACUUCCCCUGGAGUCCAUCAAACUCGAACCAGUGGACAGACCUGGAGUGGUUUGUAAAGUGGCCAUUAGACAGAGUUCGCCAUCUCCUGUGGAGAGCAUUCCCAAAAGUACUUCUGCCAUUAAUGAACCUCUCCUCUAUGGCACGGACAAAAAGGUCAUCAAUCUCUUGGAAAAGGCAAAACUACAGCUAAUUAAAAUAGACAAGCAGAAGAGUGCUGAUUUGAAGGAUGUUCCCGACUCUCCUGACUACACACCCCACAAUACAAAUAAAACCAGUGGUUCCUUCGGUCAGGGUCAGGAUUCUCCUCUGCAAGGUCCACGGAUUAAACAUGUUUGCAGACACCCUGCUGUGGCUCUGGGACAGCCUCGGGCUGUGAUACCUGAAGACAUCCCACGACUUAGUGCAUUACCCCUGCGAGAGAGAGAGGCUACGAUUUCAUCCAUUGCACCUGUAGAAGAUUCUUCGUCUGCCUCGGAGCCAGAGAGCCCGUCAGUAAGGACAAACACAGUGACCUCCUUUACAAAAGCAUCUGUUCGCCGGCCAAAGACGCUGCAGAGGGGAAGACUGCGCAUGGCUAGAUGUGGAGAGUGCAAAGGCUGUUUGGUAACGACGGACUGCGGGAAGUGUGUAAAUUGCCUGGACAAGACCAAAUUCGGAGGCCCCAACACUAAAAAGCAAUGCUGUGUGUAUCGGAGAUGUGAUUUGAUUGAAGCUCGCAGACAGGAGAGGUUACAGAAAAAAGGUAGGAAAGGGAUUAGAACGUCUGCUCCGCCACGAGACAGCCCCAUUGAAUCUGAUGACACUUUCCCUGAAACUGAAGUUCCAGAUCUUGUUCAGGAUACCCAGUCACUCCAACGCAAGUCAUCUCGUCGCUGCGUCAGGCAGCGUCCAUGUUACGAUCUCUUCCCUGAUUCGGAGGACUCUGAUUACGAGCCCAGCCCUAGUGCGACACGGAGGAAGUCACGCCGAGAGUCUGAUUUAUUACCGCAGGAGCCCGAGGAACCCAGUAAGCCCCGCAAAAAUCCCCAGCAACCGAUGAUACUUAGGGCCCGUAGGGGUUAUGAACAGGAGCCUACCCUGUCUGGAGUAUCAGCCAAGCUGAAGUCCGUAGACGGGACCCAUCGCUUGCGUGUUGAUUUCAAGGAAGACUGCGACUUGCAAAACGUGUGGUUAAUGGGAGGCCUCAGCAUCCUGACCUCUUUUCCCGUGAAGCCACCCCUUGUGUGCUUGCUGUGUGCCAGCCGUGGGCAGCAUCAGUUCCUGUUCUGCCAGGUGUGCUGUGAGCCUUUCCACUACUUCUGCCUUGAGGAGAAUGAGCGCCCCCGGCCAGAGCAGGAGGGAAGUUGGUGCUGUCGCCGCUGCAAGUUUUGUAAUGUAUGUGGGCGCAAAGGAAAGACCAAAAAGCCUCUACUGGAGUGUGAACUGUGCCAAACUAAUUAUCACGUCAACUGUCUGGGACCCAAUUAUCCAGUCAAACCACCCCUCAGCAGGGAAAGCUGGAUGUGUUCAGCUUGUGUUCGCUGUAAGAGCUGUGGUGCCUCUUCAGCUGUGGAAGGGGAUGUGGGGCUGUCUGAUGGAUACAAUCUCUGCGUAGAGUGUUCCACACUGUAUGAGAAAGGACACUUUUGCCCCAUCUGUAGCCGAUGCUAUGAUGAGAAUGACUUUGAGAGUAAGAUGGUGCAGUGUGUGAAAUGUGAUAAGUGGGUUCAUUCCAAAUGUGAAGGCCUUUCUGACGAGGGGUACGAGCUUCUGUCUAACCUGCCAGACAGUGUAGUUUACACGUGCCCACCCUGCCUGGGAGGUAGUGGUACAAUAUGGAAGGAAGCAAUGCUCUCUGAACUGACUGCUGGUCUUCAUGAGGUGCUGCAGGGGCUCUUCACCUCUAAAUUUUCUGACCCUCUCCUGAAAUGUAAACAGUGCUCCACCGAUAACAAAUGUCCCCGCAACCCAUGUGACUUAAAGUCGUUGGCACAGAUCUUAGAAGAGGGCAACUACAGUUCUAUAUGCAAUUUUAAUGAUGACAUGGCGUGGAUUAUACAGAACAAUGUCAAGCAGGAGAAUAGUGAUAGUGACUGGGAUGGAGAUGCUAUAAAGGGCCUCUACCUCAAGCUUAUGGAGAAAUGUUUCAGUUGGUUCCAUGUAGAAGAAUCCAUAUUCUGGGAGCAAAGCAAUAAAUCUGUGACAAAGGGGAUUCUUUCUAACGCUGUAAUGCCACCUUCCUCUGAUCACACCUAUGCUAACUGGCAGCAGAAAGCCGAUGAAUUGCCAGCAGCCAACAGAAUAUCACAACAGACAGAGUCCUCUCCUAAAGUUAAGAAAGAUGUGGAAGAAGAAUUGGAUAGAAAAACCAAAUGUCGUGAAGACAAUCGCCAGUGUGCGCUCUGUCUUAAGUAUGGCGACGAUGAACCAAAGGGUGCUGGAAGGUUACUCUAUAUUGGCCAAAAUGAGUGGACACACAUAAACUGCGCUAUCUGGUCGGCUGAGGUGUUUGAAGAAGACGAUGGCUCUCUGAAGAACGUGCAUGCAGCCGUAGCUCGAGGUCGACAGCUGCGGUGUGAGUAUUGCUCAAAGAUUGGCGCUACCGUUGGCUGCUGCGUAUCCACUUGUGCCAGCAACUACCACUUCAUGUGUGCCCGUGCCUGCCGCUGCAGCUUCCAGGACGACAAGAAGAUGUUCUGCCAGAAACAUAAGAAGAUGCUGGAUGGCACGCAAACAGUGGCCUCCGAUGGUUUUGACGUGAUGCGCAGAGUAUUCGUGGACUUUGAAGGUUUGAGCUUUAGGAGGAAGUUUCUGCAAGGUCUGGAGCCGGAGAAUGUUCAUAUGAUGAUUGGUUCCAUGAAGAUAGACAGCCUGGGAUUGCUUUCAGAUUUAUCUGUCUCGGAGGGGAAGAUUUAUCCUGUCGGAUACCAAUGUUCACGGCUAUACUGGAGCACACUGGAUGCACGGCGAAGGUGUUGGUACAAAUGUCGGAUUCUGGAAUAUCGUCCAAGAGAAGGAGAAGAACAUUUGGACGCAAACGAGGAUCCCAGUGAUAACAAGACCAUAGUUCACAGCCCGCUCUCUUUACCAGUUGUAAAGCAUGUAGAACCAGCUCUCCCUUCUCCUCCUCCAGAUAAUAGUUCACACCGCUCUUCACCAACUCCAGAACCACUCACCACAGCAACCGCCCCUCGUUCUUUUUCUGGUGCACGGUUGAAAAUUCCUAACUUCUCGCCAUCUCGACGACCUCUUGGGGGCUCUCGGCCUCUUCCUUCCCCAGGGAGCCCAUCGUCUUCUCCAUUGUCUCAUCACAUCCUAACUGUCAGCGAUCCAGAAGUUACUCCUCUUAGGAGGUCCCGGAGACCGGCUCCAUCUUGUCGAGUCACGCGGCAAUCUUCCGCUCGUCUCUCGAAUGAUACCACUAGCCCUUCUCCUCUUCCAGCUUGUCCACUUACCCGACAUUCUUCCCCUGAUAGUGAUACCCCAGUGCAGCUUCUGUGUGGGGUGACUGACAUGGAGGUAGUGUCCUCUUUAGAUGGUGGGCUUGCAACUGGUCCUUUAGAAUGUGGAGCCCAGCUGGUAGUUGGAACGGAGCACCCAGGAGAUGAUUCCGAAGGUGGAAGCAGCUCAGAGGAAGAACCUGGAGAGCAGUACUAUGAGCUGACUAGAACUGUUGUUUCCAAUGAACCAUUCAGCCCUCUGCUCUCUUCUUCAGCCUCUGGUCAUAUUCAGCAGCUGGAUGGCAUUCACGACAGUACGGACAGUGAAGAUGGCUGCCAGGGACCUCGUGGAACCGUUGGCAAUGGGAAACCGCCUUCUCACCUUCCUUCUGACAUUGUGGAGUUUGUUUUAAAAAACACUGGAAACAAUGACGCUGGUGUACACCUUGAGCAAGCUCAGCAACCUGUCUCCACUUCCCGUGCAGCCCCCUCCUCAGCAUCCAACACCAUACAGAACGGCACUUUCACUGCUCCCCUUUCUAAUGGCACAGAUUGUGUGGCUCACCAGUCAUCUCAUGGACCUCCACCUCUCAGGGACCCACCUCAGCUGCAAAGAGUUUGUCUUCCAACAACUGCAAUUCCCCAAAACCUCUCGUAUGCUCCAGAUUCGUCUGCUGUAGCUAACCCAGAAACAAAGGUUAUACUAGUGAAUAAAGUGGGCCCGAUGUUUUUGGGUAUGGCACGAAACAGCACAGAUCAGCUUUCAGCAGGUCCUACUUCAAUCCCUCUUAAAGAAAUUCCUAAAGUGGAAACAACCCUCCAUGCCCAAAUUAGAGCUCCUGCUCCAAGACCUAUACGAAACAGCACAGAUCAGCUUUCAGCAGGUCCUACUUCAAUCCCUCUUCAAGAAAUUCCCAAAGUGGAAACAACCCUCCAUGCCCAAAUUAUUAGAGCUCCUGCUCUAAGACCUAUACGCGCUGCAUGUAAAGCUCCAGUACAUUGUCUUCCUCUGCCUCAACAAGCAACUCUCGCUUCCCCCAACCUUAACACUCUGUAUGUGCAGGCCACGGCAUCCUCGCCUUUGACUCCAGGACAGUCAUGGACUCUCCGUGGACCACUGCUCAGUGUCUUACCCAUGCUAAACGUGGUGCAGAAUACAGGCCAUUUGACUUUAGGAGCUCCGGCUCUGGUAACACCGACCUUCACUGGCAUCCCUCAGACAUGCGUCCUGCAGGGUGUAGCCAUGAAUACAGGUGUUGCCAUGAAUACUGGACUUUUGAGCGUUGCUUCUGCACCUAUUCAGCCACAGUCCCAACCUCAACUUCAACUUAUACAACCUGCACCCCCAAAGGUCCUCCCUUUACCACCCCUUCGCAUGAAGAGACCAUGCAAUGCAGCCCGCAACGGGUCCCCCAUCAAGAAAGUCAAAAUCGAAAGCUCGGACAGCCCUGUGCUUACAAAUUCCGCAGCCACAAAUUGCAACUCAGCCUGUAAUGUACAAGUGACUACCCGACCGAGACAGAACAGAAUAAAAGCUCCAGUGGUGCAUGAGGUGCUCAAUCUGGAUUCCAUGAAGGACGAAAGCUUGAAUGAUGGCUUUCAUGUAGAUAUUGCUGUUGAUGUGAAAAUUGAAGAAUGUCAGAAUGAAACUCCCAUGGAUUCUCCCUGCUCCGAACCAAAUGAAGGGUUCAUACCCACCUUUGAGGACUUCCGUUUCCGUGAGGAGAAGGAGAAUCGAAUACCGAGGCGAAGCGGGCCCCAUCUGCGCUUUGAAAUCAUUAGCGAGGAUGGAUUCUACAUUCAGUCGGACAGCGCUGAAGCUGCUUGGAAAGCUGUUCUAGAGAAGGUGCAGGAGGCUCGAGGUGUAGGAAGACUUAAGGGCUUGUCUUUCUCUGCUGGUUUGAACGGCGCCCGAAUGUUGGGCAUUCAGCAUGAUGCUGUUCUCUUCCUGCUGGAGCAGCUCUCUGGAGCAGAGCGUUGCCGUGGUUACAAGUUCCUUUUCCAUCCCCAGGAAGUAGAAGAAGAAGAUUUACCCAUAAACCCCUCUGGUUGUGCUCGCAGUGAAUAUUAUGUCAGAAAAUGCACAUUUGAUAUGUUCAACUUUCUGGCUUCUCGGCAUCGAACUCUACCUGAAAUCGUCCCUUGUGGUGAGGAGGAGGAGGAGGAGGUUCAGCUAAAAUCCACCAGGCGAGCCACCAGUCUGGAUCUGCCAAUGGCAAUGAGAUUCCGACACCUGAAGAGGACCUCUAAAGAAGCAGUAGGCGUUUACAGGUCUGAAAUCCAUGGUAGAGGGUUGUUUUGCAAAAGAAACAUUGAUGCAGGAGAAAUGGUGAUCGAGUAUUCCGGUAAUGUCAUCCGUGCGGUGCUGACUGACAAGAGAGAGAAAUUCUAUGACAGCAAGGGGAUUGGAUGCUACAUGUUUCGUAUUGACGAUUUUGAUGUGGUGGAUGCUACGAUGCACGGCAAUGCUGCACGAUUUAUUAACCAUUCGUGCGAACCAAACUGUUACUCGCGGGUGAUCCAUGUAGAGGGACAGAAACACAUUGUGAUCUUUGCACUUCGCAGCAUCUAUCGUGGAGAGGAACUGACCUAUGACUACAAGUUUCCAAUAGAAGAUGCAAACAACAAGCUGCCGUGUAAUUGUGGUGCAAAGAAAUGCCGCAGAUUCCUCAACUGAUCUACAGCACGAUCUUGAAAACAGGACUCGUACCCAGCAAAAUGGAGGUGCUGGCACCUUCUUCGCUGAGACGCUUUUAGAAUGACACAGUGGCACGCGCAGGCCUCCAGUAAUGCCUGCUUUGCGUAGCGGGCUGUGAGCAUUCUAGCUCUAUGAACUUUAAUUGCUAGAGAGGGAGGCGGAGGGGUAAGCAUUAAAGAAAACCGCACUUUACCCUCUGCCCUGACUUUACAUUACUAGAGUACGGGGCGAUUUGGGUCUCAUCUCCUUCCUCUCAGGGUCUUCUUUGAUUCUGUCCUCUUGAUACAGCUUGUCUUUUGCUGCUACUUUCAGUACUUAGGGACUUAUCAGCCCUGUUUGUAAACCUCCAACACUAUUUCAUGGGAACUCCCUUGGAUUCUCGGAGGUGUUUGUGGGGGGUCAGGGUUUGCAGCGCUGUCUUAAGUCACUUAAUGGCAAGGACAUGUGAAUUUCUUUAUUUCAUUUCCUUUUUCUCCUGGUGGAUUCAUACUUUGGUGGGUUUUUUUGGGGGGUGGAAGGGUGUCAUGUAAAAUUAAUUCACUCCCUCUGGACAUCUUUAUCUGAUCUAGGAGACGAGUACUUUUGGGGGUGACAAUCAUUUUAAGACUUGCUGCUACUUCCCUGCUGAGCCCUUCAAAGGUUAACAUUCCCCCUUAGCUGCCUCGUGAAUUGUGUUUAUCCCACAUCAAAACAUAUAGAAUUCCCUGCGCUCUGACACCAUUUCAUAAAGCCUGUCGUCCAAACAGAUUUUUCUUCUUUUCCAUUUUCUAAAGAAUAUUUAUAUAGAUAUCUCUAGAACUAUGUACGGAUAUAUCUAUAUAUAAUAGUGUUAUAUGUAUGUGGUGUGUGUGUGUAUAUGUAUGUAUAUAUUUUUUUUCUUAGAUUUUGGAUUUUUUUGGGCGAGAAUGAGUGGAUUUAUUGUAAUUUCAGAUUCAAAUAUAAAAGCAGCGUGUGUUGUGGAUAGUGUAAAUAUUUGUACAAAGAUUUGUAAGAAUAUUGUUUUCUAUGCACUUUUUUAUUUAAAGACUUGAUUGAGAUUAAUAAUGUUUAAUGUUUCACCUCCUGUUUAGCAUUUUAAAUAAAAUG